UCCAACACCACAUCGCCUGUGCCAAAAAGAUUCCAGCCAGUAUUAACUAAACGAGAAGCAUAAAUAAUUUUGUAAUUAUGUGGCUAUAAAAGUGUACUAAAGUGUAUUUGAUAUUUAAGAAGAGGGACGACUUUGUGCCCUUUGAAAUACUCAACAGAAUCUGCAUAGUUAGAAGGCGAUGGCGUGUUUUUACGAACACCGAAUAUAUGCUUAUGUGAUACUUAUACUUUUCUUAUUUAUUAACUUAUUUGCGCAAGGAAAUAUAACAGAAUGGGUUGAAGUUGGAAAGAAUUCUUCUUUUGAAUGUGCGACUGAACACAAACCUGCAAUUUGGAUAUUUAAUAAUGAAACCAAUUAUAAAUUUGAUACAAGAUUUACAAUAACUGAGAAUAUAAUAAUUCCCGAAGAAAAUGCCGAUCCGAAUUUAAGUAAUGAUGUCAAAAAGUAUAAGAAUGUACUUUACAUACGCAAUGUGAAUAUAUCGGACAGUGGGAACUAUGCAUGCAAAGAUACUGUGACAAAUACAUCCGUGGAGUAUAGCUUGCAGCCAUUCCUUCAACCGAAAAUCAUUGAAAGCACCGUUGAGAGCAUUAAACGAAAGAUCAAGCAAAGUGCCAUUAUAUAUUGUGUAUUUGAGAUAUAUCCACAGAAUGAAACGACAAACAAGCAGCUGAAAUGGCUGAAGGAUGGAAGCCCAGUUGCGUUCCUAGACGCCGCUGCCUCAAUACACAAGCUGAGCGAUAAACAAUUGAACUUUACACUGGAAUUAACAGAGGUUUAUAAGAAGGAGAAUGGAACAUAUAAGUGUGUUCUGCAUAACGACGCUGAGGAUGAGAUCAUUUCGAAGGAAAUAACGUUGCUUGUCAUGGAAGUGCCGCAGGCCAGCAUCGAUUAUGCGAAAGCUGUUGGUGCUAGUAAAAUUUACUUGAAUUGGACGGUGAAUGAUGGCAAUGAUCCUGUUCAAAAGUAUUUUAUUCUGCAUUCCCAAGAAGGUUCGCCCGCAUACAAAUAUUAUAAAGAUAUCAUCAAUGGCAACUAUACUUCAUAUGUCUUGGAGAAUUUCAGUCCCAAUACAACCUAUAAUCUGCGCUUAGUGGCCAAGAACUCGAUUGGCGAGGGUCCUACCAAUCAAUACCCAUCUGCUGUGACUACCUUGGAUCACGAUCCGAUAUUCAUACCAAAGGUUGAAACAACUGGCAGCACAGCUUCGACAAUUACGAUAGGCUGGGAUCCGCCUUCACCGGAUCUUAUUGAGUAUAUCCAAUACUAUGAAUUGACGGUCUCUGAAGCAGGUGAUGUGCCGAAAUUGAUUGAGAAAGCUUUCCACCAACAGAACUCGAGAAAUUUGCCGUACAUGUUUGAUAAACUGAAGACCGCCACGGACUACGAGUUCCAAGUGCGGGCAUGCAGCGAUCUGACCAAAACCUGCGGUCCCUGGUCAGAGAAAGUGAAUGGUACAACCAUGGAUGGUGUUGCAACGAAACCAACUAAUUUGAAAAUACAUUGCCAUAAUAAGAAUAUUUCUGGGCUGGAUUCGAUCUCUCUCAGCUGGAAUGUACCCCAAAAUCCAAAUGGAAAGAUCAUUUCAUACUUGAUUAUCCUCGAAGGAAACUACACCUACUAUAAUCAAGAGGGUGAAAUGUUAACCAAGAAAUGGGGCCCCAAAAUCCGUAGGGUCGAUGAGCCCAGCCAUAAAACGAUCUACGAAGGCGUUAGUCCAAAUACUAAUUAUACUGCAACAGUCUCCGCAAUUACGAGACAUAAGAAAAACGGAGAAGCUGCCGUUGUGAGCUGCUUCAUGCCAAUUUCUACGCCCGAAAAAAUUGGCAAAACGAUGUGGACAAAGGUUAAGAAUGGUCCAAAAUACGUUUUAAAAUUAUAUAUACCGAAAGUUAGCGAACGGAAUGGACCUAUCUGUUGCUAUCGGCUGUAUCUAGUCAAAAUAACCAAUGGCAAUAACGAACUGCCGGCUCCUGAGAAACUAAACGUGGCUACGUACAAUGAAGUGCACAACAAUAAUAAUAAGACCAAUAAUUAUGCCUAUAUAGCUGAAAUGCUUAGCAAUCGAUACUUUAGAUCGGAAAUAUUUUUAGGAGACGAAAUGCGUUUCCUUAACAAGCCUGAAGAUCUUAUUGACAACGAUAAUAUCUGUCGCAAAUGCUUAGACGGUGCACCAUUUUUAAGAAAACAAGAAAGUGCCUUGAAAAUAGAUUCCUCCCCAACUCCAGCAGAGAUUCAAAAAGAACAACUACUUAAAGAUGGAAAUUUAACAGAGCAAGCCAUACAAGUCUUAGGAAGUAGAAUGAGAAUACGACGAAAUCCCACAGUUGGCACUGAAAAGGAAGAUACAAAUAAUAGUAAUGCAAAUAAUAUUGGAGAUAUAUACGAUGGCGAAAUAGAUAUAAAUUUCAACUACACUGGCUUCCUUGAGAUUAUAGUUCGAUCUGGAAGUACGGUUCUUAUGGCUUACAGUGAUUACUUUGAUGUAAUGACACCUGCGACUGAGGCAGAACAAAUACAUUCCCUUGAUGAUUCUAAGUUCUAUUUGAAUAUUGGCAUUAAGGCUGCUGCUAUAUCACUAGGAGUGAUUGUCAUUUUUAUUAUUUUCUGGAUAGUCCAUCAUCAGAAGACGAAGAACGCAAUGCCAGACGAAGAUACGUUAACUUUAAGAGAUUCCUUAAGAACUCUUUUUAGACGUCGGAUCAACAAUCAUAGCCAGUUCAUAGGGUCUGGCAAUCAGAAAGGUUUCGAUACUGGUCCUAUUCAUAAAGCAGAUUUAGUUAGCGCCUAUAAAAAUCGGCAUAAGGAUACGGAUUAUGGUUUCUUAAGGGAAUAUGAAAUGUUGCCAAAUCGCUUUACUGACCGAACAACAAAGAAUAGUGACAUGAAAGAAAAUGCGUGCAAGAAUAGAUAUCCAGAUAUAAAGGCCUACGAUCAAACUAGGGUUAAGCUAUCGCCAAUUAAUGGAAACCAGAGUACAGACUAUAUAAAUGCCAAUUUUGUCAUUGGAUAUAAGGAGAGGAAGAAAUUUAUCUGCGCUCAAGGUCCCAUGGAAAGCACAAUUAGCGAUUUCUGGCGUAUGAUUUGGGAACAACAUUUAGAGAUUAUUGUUAUGCUGACAAAUCUGGAGGAAUAUAAUAAGUCGAAGUGCGCAAAGUAUUGGCCAGAAAAGGUUUUCGACUCGAAGCAGUUUGGCGAUAUCUCAGUUAAAUUUACCGCAGAACGGAAGACUGGAGAUUAUAUUAUACGAUCCCUAGAUAUCACGAAGUCGAAUCUGAUCGGCGACGAGGAAGAUCACAGGCAAAUUACUCAGUAUCAUUAUCUGACAUGGAAGGACUUUAUGGCUCCCGAGCAUCCGCAUGGCAUUAUCAAGUUUAUUCGUCAAAUCAAUUCGGUAUACUCGGUGCAAAGAGGUCCAAUUUUGGUGCACUGCAGCGCAGGUGUCGGUCGAACAGGUACUCUAGUGGCAUUGGACUCUCUUGUGCAACAGUUGGAGGAAGAAAAUAUGGUAUCCAUAUUUAAUACUGUUUGCGAUUUACGUCAUCAGCGUAACUUUUUGGUCCAAUCAUUGAAACAAUACAUUUUCCUUUACCGAGCAUUGUUGGACACUGCUACAUAUGGAAACACGGAUAUACCACUGAAUGCAUUGCCAUCAACAAUUGAGAAUCUAAAAUUCAAGCCGAAUGAGGGAAAAUGCUUGCUUGAAUUGGAGUUUGAGAAACUUGUGAACACAACGGAUGAGAUAAAUAAAACUUGCAGCGUAGGCGAAACUAAGGAAAAUAUGCUGAAAAAUAGAUGCCAUGAAAUUAUUCCAUACGAUCGAAAUAGAGUCAUUCUAAGCCCCAUACCAACGAACGAUAAUUCAACCUAUAUAAAUGCCUCUUUCAUUGAGGGUUAUGAUAAUAGCGAGUCCUUUAUAAUUGCACAAGAUCCUAUGGAGAACACAAUUGGAGAUUUUUGGAGAAUGAUAUCUGAGCAAAGUGUUUCCACACUAAUUAUGAUAUCCGAGAUUGGAGACGGUCCCAGGAAAUGUCCACGUUAUUGGGCUGAUGAUGAAAUACAAUAUGAUCAAAUACUCGUAAAAUACGUACAUAGUGAAAGUUGUCCGUAUUACACUCGUCGGGAGUUCUAUGUAACGAAUUGCAAAAUCGACGAUACCCUUAAGGUGACUCAAUUCCAGUAUAAUGGUUGGCCCACUGUCGAUGGAGAGGUUCCUGAAGUCUGUCGGGGCAUUAUUGAGCUGGUAGACCAAGCACACAAACAUUAUAAGAAUCACAAAAACAAUGGUUGUCGAUCUCCUCUAACAGUUCAUUGCAGCUUGGGCACUGAUCGAAGUUCAAUUUUUGUUGCGAUGUGCAUUUUGGUUCAGCACCUUAGAUUGGAAAAGAGUGUAGAUAUAUGUUCAAUAACAAGAAAAUUGCGAUCUCAGCGACCAGGACUUCUAAAUUCAUUCGCACAAUACGAGUUCCUACAUCGCGCCAUAUUAAACUAUUCAGAUCUACAUAAGUUGUCCGAAAACAUAGAGGAUUAAAUACGAAUUGAAUAUACU